AACAGCUUCCUCUGCAGGACUGAUUUUGGUUAAAUAGACCAUCUGCCAGUGGCUUGUGUUUUGAAUUAAGCAGGGUCCCUCCUCCUGCUGCUGCUCAUGUUAAGCCUGCUCCAGUGCAAGGACGUGACCUCCCUUCCUGUGUGUGAAGAAAACUGCGGGGAGACCUACGGACAUCUCUUUGUUCCCGUAGUCUCUAAGGCUUAUGUCAUGUACUUCUUCAUCAAAAGGCUCCUACUUGAUUUUAUGAUGUAUUAUCCGAAGAGCCAAGACUACUAUGGGACACUCACCCAUAGUUGCCACACACAUAACAUCGUUGCUCCAGGUUCCGAUAAACCUAACUCGACGAUUCUGAACACAGAUGGUCUCAGACAUGUGGUUAGCUUGAUGUACUCAUGGAAUGAGCCCCUCUUGCACCUUGCUAAUGAAACACAUCGCCUGCCAGGAAAUAGUACCUAUGUCAGAGAUGAAGCCAUCCGUAUCGCAGGACAAAACCGAGAACUUCAAGAACUAAUGAAGAACAUAGCCACGCAGUUUGAUCCUGACAUCACAAGGAAUGUGGACUCUGCUGUUUGGACAGACCUCCCAUCGCUGCAAUCAGCUAAUGAAGAAGUUAACCUCUUUACUACUUUUAAUCUCCUCCGCUGCUUGCUUUCUGAUUCCCGUGACAUUACUGAUCAUCUCAAGUCAUUCUUAUGCUAUACUCUUAAGUAUGAUAAAUGCUGA